GGCAAAGUUAGCUAAUGAAGUCUUCUUCAUUUGGUGGCUUUGAUGAGGCAUGCAGUGGAUAGUUGUGAGGUGGAUGACAUAAAGAAUGGAAAAUGUUGUUCUUUAUUAUUACCAUGGAAGAAAGAAUCUCUUAUUAUGAACUGCUGCAAGCAACAGAAAGAUUCGAUGAAAGCAAUUUACUUGGCACUGGGAGUUCUUGCUCUGUUUAUAAAGGAAUUCUUAACAAUGGGAAGGAUAUCGUUGUCAAGGUGUUUAAUAUGCAGCUAGAAGGUAUUUCAAGAAUAUUUGAUGUCGAAUGUGAGAUACUACGUAGCAUUCGACACAGGAAUCUGACAAGCGUCAUAAGCAGUUGCUCCAAUGAAGAGUUCAAGGCAUUAGUACUUGAAUAUAUGCCAAAGGGAAACCUUGAAAAAUGGUUAUAUUCCCACAGCUAUUGCUUGAAUAUGAUGGAAAGAUUGAAUAUAAUGAUUGAUGUUGCAUCUGCUUUGGAGUAUCUUCACCACGGUUAUUCAAUGCCCAUUGUCCACAGCGACUUGAAGCCUAGUAAUGUGCUGUUAGAUGAAGACAUGGUUGCCCAUGUAAGCGACUUUGGGAUAGCAAAGUUGUUAUGCGAUGGAGAUAGCUUUGUGUUAACCAACACGCUAGCAACAUUCGGUUACAUCGCUCCAGGUGAAGUUUCUCUAAAUAUAUUGAUUGCACUUCACUUUCAAUCAAUUAAUUGUGUCUUCCUUACUGCACAUAUCAUGAUUUUUGUUGUUCCAGAGUAUGGCUUGGAAGGGCUAGUUUCAACAAGGUGUGAUGUGUAGCUACGGGGUGAUGUUGAUUGAAACUUUUACGAGAAAAAAGCCUAGUGAUGAUAUGUUUUGCGGAGAUAUGAGCUUAAAGAGAUGGGUAGAACUCUCACUUUCGAAGAUCCCAGAUGAAGUGAUAGAUGCCAACUUAGUCAUGAAUUUGGAGGAAGAAAUGAUUGACAAGAAUAUGCAGUGUGUAUCAUCCAUACUUGAAUUGGCUCUGAAAUGCUCUGCCGACUCUCCCGGGGAUAGAAUCAACAUGAAACAAGCACAUGCAGAGUUGCAGAAAAUCAAACAUCGAUUUUCCCAAUGAGAUUCAAGUAAGGUAUUUUAAAGUUUGAUCAAUUGAUUUUAUAUCGUUCUGUAGUUCAAAGACCAAGUGCAGUCAUUUUCUUUCCUUGUAAUUCAUGCUUGUUUUGAUAAGUGCAAAACCGAAAUCAAAUAUACGAAGUUGAGUAAUUAAGUCUAAUUAAACGGUUAAUCAGGUUGUUCCUUAAUCGAGCGUAAAUAAAUAUGAAAGGAAUUAAUAAUGUUGACCCAGUAAUUAAUAGGCUUAAUAGUAAGGCAGCCUAAUAAUUAAUUAAAUAAAAGUGGGCAUGAAUUAAAUAAUGGCGUCCACUUGUAUAAAUAUCUGAAGCCCAAGUGAAAUAAUUAAAUCUGAGCCCAAAAAAGAUGACCCAUUUACUAAAUGAAUACUUGGGCUUAGAUAAAUAAAUAAUAAUCCCCCCGUCCCAUGAAUCUUGAGUUGCUUCUUUUUGGCACGAGAAUUAAAAAAUUGAAGAUUUGUAUAUUAAGUGUGUAAUUAAUAAAGUAGAAAAGUGAUGAAGUAGAAAAGUGAUUAGGUAAUUAGAAACUCUUAUUUUUUUUCCCUAAUCCUUAUUAUAUAUAGAAAUGACUCAAGAUUCGUUGGAUGACCGGAAAAGAAAAUUGACUCAAUUCGUGGGAAGGAGGGAGUAUAAGGCACAACUAAUUAAAUCAUUGGGCUCAAUAAAUAAAAAUGAUUCUGGGCCCAAAGAAAUAAUAAAAAGAGUCCAAUUAAAUAAUAAAAAAUGUUGGGCUCGAAAUAUCACAAUAUCAUAAUAUCAUAAGGCCCAAUUAAAAUAAAUCAACAAAUAAAGAGUAUGUUAGGAGAAAAAAUUCUCAAAAAAAAAAAGAAAAAUGAAAGAAAAAAUUCCUAAUAAAAUGUAGGCAAAAGAUAGUUUUUUUAGUUCCUAUAUGUUCUUUGCACGUGAAAUGAUAUGUAUGAUACUAAUAACAAAAUAAAGUUGAAGAUGAAUAAAGAAAAUGUGUAAAUGGAAAUCUCAUACGUUCAAUUAAUAAUGAUAAGAGUUGUAUUACGUUAACAAGUCAUGGGGGCUGAAGCCCCACCCAAAUUUUGAGAUUUUUUUUUGGUAAAUAUAUAUUUUAUAAAAGAAUUUUGUUUUACAAAAGUUGAUUUGCUUGUUAUAUUCCUUCUUAUAUACUUGUUUUAAAGAUAAUUGUGUUAUUUAAAACUAUAUAAUCUAUGAAAAAAUUUGUAAUGUAUUGAAACCGAUUUGUAAUAUAUUUAAACUAUAUAGUCUAUGAAAAUGUUGUUCGCUAUUAUGUUUGUCUUUUAAUAAAAAAUGCUUUAAAUAUACGAAAUGCCCAAAAAAAAUUGUAAUGUAUUGAAACAAAUUUGUUAAUAUAUUGAAAUUAUAUCAUUUAUGAAAAUAGUGUUCUUUAUUGUUAAUAUUAUGUUCGUCUUUUAAUAAAAAAUGACUUAAACUAGUUAUUCCAGAGGCAUGUGCAGGUCAUAUGCUCACUUCAUCCGUACUCUUAUUAAUGAUUAAUGAUAAUUUAAUUAUGUACUCUUAUUAAUUUGUUGUCUUAAUGCGAAAGUAAAAUGUAAUAUACUACUAAGUAAUAUGGGUUGGAUUUUGAACAUGCAUGUUGCAUAUGGGCUGGAUUUUAUUUGUUGAUAAUUUGGGUUGCCAAUUUAACUUUUCGUUACAUAUUGUGUUUUGAAUGGAUAAUUAUGAAAUCAUUUUUUCUAUUUCUAAUUUAUGCUUCUGUUAAAUGUCAUUGACAAGAUAUAACAUGUCGAGUUUUAAUACACUAUUUAGAUAAUUUUAGUAUAAAAUAUUUUUUUGAAAAAUAUAGAAUAUUUUCGUUUAAUUCUGACACUUAAUAAUCUAGCAUCGAGUGUAAUUACUCCCCAAAUCAUUUAAGGGUUCGUUUGCUUUUGAUGGAUAAAUUUAUCAUGAGAAAAUGCUGGAUAAUUUUAAAUGACUCAUUUCUUUUCUCACUCUAUAUAUAUAACAUAAAAGAGGAGUUUUUUUACCUCCGAUUUUUCUCUCUCUUCUCACUUCUUUC